GUCAACUUGGAUGUGGACACAUCACCCAUUCAGAGGUCUUGGACUUCUCGUCAGAGAAACUCUAGCGCCCCUAUUGCCACUUGGAUUCAGCAAACUUCUUCAGCCGUAAAAUGUUGAAUUUUUGGUGAUUUUAAAAAUGUGCGUUUAUUCCUUACAGUGGCAAAGUGUGAUGCUCCUAAUGGAACCAUCGCCAAUGGUAACUCGACAGUUACACUCGGUAAAAAAUAUUCAACUGGAAGCAUUGUUGAAUAUUCAUGUUUCCCAGGUUACAGAAUCAAGGGCUCAUCGUGGCAGUCAUGUCUAUCACGUGACUCGCUAAUUGGCGAAUGGAGCAACCCGCCACCAACUUGUGAAAAGGUAAAAUGUCACGAUAUUGGAUACCCGGAGAAUUCGAAUCGCAUUGGCAAACCGCCGUACUUCAUCGGAGCGGAGGUCAGAUUUCGGUGUAUGAGUGGGUACACCCUGAUUGGCUCAGAGUCACGCAAGUGUCAGGAGAACGGCAAAUGGAGUGGUUACAAUACAAUCUGUGAACGUGGCGAUGGGGAUUGUAAAAAUCCAGGUAUUCCUAUGAAUGGGCGAAAACAAGGCCAGAGCUAUAAUCGUGGAGACACUGUGCUUUAUUAUUGUGAUAGCGGAUUCUCACUUAUUGGCUCGAGAAAUCGAACUUGUUUGACGACAGGGAAGUGGAGUGGGACACAACCUACCUGUAGAGGCCAGGGGGAUUAUGACGACCCCGCAAGAGUUGCAAACACUUUUGGAAAAGUACUCGACAAAUUUGUGGAAGAUACUGAAGCCCCAGAAAGCAAUGGUGACUCUAGAGGGCGCACUAUCGAUUUAAAUUAUGGCGGACGAUUGGAAAUGUAUAUGGCAAUCGACGGGUCCGCAAGCGUAGGACGAAGCAACUUCCUUCGCGCCGUUAAAUUUGCAAAAACUCUAGUUGAAAAAACAGGUGUUUCAGGAAGACCAAAAGGACCACGGUACGGUGCACUGUCAUAUACUGACGUCCUAUGUGACAAAUUUGAUGUGACAAUUCAUGAUACAAAAGAAGGGGUCUUCGAUGAAUUAGACGCAUUCAAAUAUCCGACAGAGGUUGGUGGGACAUCAACGGCAGCUGCAUUGGAGGAAAUCUUUAACAUGAUUGCCUUAGCGGAUGCCAAAUGGGAAAGAGUCGACAAUAUACCUGGAGUACAGCCUCCAAAGCGAGUGUUGAUACUCAUGACUGACGGUGCUUCUAAUACCGGUGGAAGCCCAAUCGAUGCAGCUAUGGAACUCAAAAGGGAUUACAAAGUAGAAAUAUACGUCAUAGGUAUUAAUGUUGCAGAGAGGAAUGAUGAGUUAUACGGAAUAGCGUCGACAGAGCUACCUGAUGAGCACAUAUUCAUACUUCAGAAUUACCAUGCACUAGAUUGGCUUGCCGAGGAACUUGUGGGACAGCAGAUUGACUACAACGCAUGUGGUGUAGCAGGACAUACAGAACCACCUCAGACUCGGGCUAGGAUAUCAGGUGGCUCAGACGCAAUUGAAGGAGCAUGGCCAUGGCAAGUAGCACUAUGGGAAAGGAAAGAAGAUAACUUUGAUCCAAGAGGCUAUUCUGCAGGAGGUUUCUUUUGUGGCGGUUCUAUUAUAUCAAGUAACUGGAUUCUUACAGCGGCUCACUGCUUCUACGACAACAAAAAAAUUCAGAGAAUCGAUCAAGGAUUGUGGCAUACCAAAGUCUUAGUUGGUCUCGGUUAUACGAACCUGAAUGAUUACGAGUUGUUACAUACAAGAACAAUGCCCAUAACAAAAAUCAUCCCACACCCAGAUUACUCAAAGGAUUAUGAUUAUGAUUAUGAUAUUGCUCUCAUGCAGCUCAAUACGUCUAUUGAUUUCGGUAAUUACAUUCGUCCAGUUUGUUUACCAAACAGAACAAAAGUUUCAGAUAUACCGGUACCAAAAGAUGAAAUGGUAGUAACAGGCUGGGGCGAAACUAAAAAUCGAUCUAUUGGUGAAAGACCCAACGAUAACAAUGAUGCUCUACAGCAAGCCUAUUUGGAUGUUGUUAGGUGGAGAACCUGUGAAAAUGACAUCAGACAGACUCAACUUGAUAUUGGUAAACCAGGUGCACCUUUUUUGACAAACAACAUGUUUUGUGUAGGGAAUGGGUAUCCGUCGUCAUGUGUCGGUGACUCAGGAGGACCAGUUGUUAAAAAAAUCCCAGCGAGCAACGACAGAGAUGAACACUGGGUACAAUUUGGGAUUGUUAGUUGGGGAUAUGGAUGCGGUGUUGUUGGGCAACAUGAUGUCAUGACCAACGUAACAAAGUUAACUAACUGGAUUGAACAAAAAACAGGAAUUGAACUAUAGUUUGUUAAGUUGUGUUGCUAUAGUAAAAGUAAGUGGAGCAAGAAGAGAAAAAAAUGCAAAUAAUGGCAUCCUAAAGUAAUAACAAUUAGAAUCUACACCUUUUAGUUGGCUUUUUAAUCAAUCGAAGUAUUUCUGUAGUAAAGUCUGUACAUUAGUAAAAAAAGGAAUUGUUUUGAUCUGUAUCUCACUGGGAAUAUCUAAAAUACCUGGACUAUAAAAUGUUAUUUGACAAAAACAUGUGACAUGCUUAAACAUGGUCAUGAUGACAUCACAUCAUGACCAUAUAUAGCCACAUCAUGACUAUAUAUAUGCAUACAACAGUUUUUGAUAGUUUGGACAAGGUUAAAAUUGUUUGAUCCUUCCAAAGCUGGGUCGACUGAUAUGAGAGGUAGAGAAUACAGUACGCACACUUGUGUUCAUCCAUGCAUUCUUAGCUUUUUCCACUUCAUCAUUACAGACCUUUUAUAUAGUUUGAUAUUACAGAUUUUAAACAAACACAGAAAUCAAAAGAUGGAUUGAAUGAUGAUAAGAACAUGAGAAAUAAAAUUUACAUUCAUGUAUUUUAUCAAUAUGCAGCUUCCAAUAAAAAUUACAGUAAGAAAAUAA